AUCAUGGUGUCGGGUAGCAACUUCUGCAGACAGAGGACUAAAACACAGAUGGAGAGAACCCAACUGAGGACACACUUUUUCCAGUCUCCACUCUUCAGAUGAUUUCCAUUCUUCUUUUUCGCGUACCACAUCAAUAACAUAUCUGCCAUACUAUCUUUUCCUUGACAGAUAUUUGUUUUUUUUUUAUCUUUUUACCUUUUUCUUUGCAUGGAUACCUACUCAGUCCUCUAUAGUUCGUCCCACAAUGAUGGACUCCUCUCUGGGUUCCAACGCUUGCGGGAUCACAGGAAGAUGUGUGAUGUUGUCCUGGAAUCAGGCGGUGUUUCCUUCCCAUGCCAUCGCACUCUAUUGGCAAGCUCCAGUGAAUACUUCUGGGCCCUUUUUGGAGAGACAACUGCAGAGAGAUCAGCAGACUUCAUCAGCCUCCCAGCACUCACACCUGAGGGUUUAGAAGCCAUUUUGGAUUUCUUGUACUCAGGGUGGUUGAGCAUUUCCUCCUCCACACUUCCAGUUGUGGUUGAAGCUUCUCGCUACCUCCAGGUAGAGGCGGCCUUGUCAAUAUGUGAGAGAUUUAUGGCAGAUGGACUAACCAAUGAUAACUGCUGCUUCUAUGCUAAUCUGGCUGACCAACACUUCCUCUUGAAAGCACUUGAGGCUGCAAAUCAAACUAUUGCCAAGAAGAUGGUAGUGCUGCUACAGAGAAACAGAGCUGAACUCCUUGGGCUGAACUUUUCAUCACUGAUGGCCGUGCUAGAUGCAGAUGAUAUACCUGGGGUCAAAGAGGUGGACCUCAUUAAGCUUUGUCUUGAUUGGCUUGAUGAGAAUGGGCCUCUCCCACUCUUAAAGUCAAACCUUCUGUUGAGUCGUCUACGCUUUGGACUGGUUUCACCUUCUGACCUUUCUAACCUAAGCCACAGAAACAGAGCCAUGGCCACUCCUCUUAUUAGAGGUCAGCUGACGCGUGCACUUGAGUAUCACCAAAUGGGUUCAGCUAAGCCAAUAGGGCAGAGCAGGCAGUCAACCAUGAGAGGGUCAACAAGUCAUGUGCUUCUUGUUGGUGGUGGGACUAGCACUGAUUUGCCAGAACAGCAGGUGUUGGCAUUUGACUCCAGCAGCAAGAGGUUUACAGUGCCGGGUUUAGUUCUGCCAUUGAGACUCAGAAGUCCAUGUGUUUGUUCGGUGGGAGGUUUUCUCUUUGUAAUGGGGGGUGACAAUAUAAAAACUUGUGAUGACGACGAGAAGAAGUCAGUCGCUAUGUCAACAUCAUGCCAAGUGUGGAGGUAUGAUCCCCGCUUUAGCCACUGGGAGCAGAUGGAGUCCAUGCUGGAGAGACGGAUGCAGUUUACCUGCUGCAUAGUGGAGGACGUUAUUUAUGCAAUUGGAGGACGACACUUACAGCCGGACUCUGGCAUGUAUACUUCUGUAGCAUCAGUUGAAUACUAUGACAUGGCUUCUGGAGCUUGGAGGAGAGCUGCAGCAUUGCCUUACCCUCUUCAUGGCCAUGCCUCUACUGUGCUUGACAAAAGCAUUUAUGUAUCAGGGGGUCUUCCUUCCCCCCUGAGUCAAAUCCACAGCAAUAACCAGGAAGUUAAUAGAGAAAUAAGUAGAGAAUGCCUGUGCUGGGAUCUAAUUGGCAGAGUCUGGGAAAAGAGGGCAUCCAUGUCAGUUCAGAGGUUUGGUCAUAGAUUGGCAACCGCUCAUGGUCACAUUUACGCCCUGCUUGGGAUGUACGAGCCUUUUUGUGAUAUUGAACGAUACGAUCCACAGUCAAACUACUGGACCCGCCUCAAACCACUCGCAAAUGGCCUUUUCUGCUAUGGACUGCAAACCUUGGAAUGUGAUAAUCUGCUGCUAUUCGGUGGAAGAAGAUGGAGUGAUGGACAACAGGUGUCUGUAAGAAGUGUGCUGGAGUAUGAUACAAAGAAAGAUCGCUGGAGAGAAAUUGCACAGCUCCCAAGACCUCUGACUGGCACUGAGUGCACCCUCCUUCGUCUGCCAGACAAUCCAAUCCUGUGCUGCUGAGCGCUUCAAGGCCAGCAAUAGAUAAAGGUCUCCAAAGAUGCCUUUCAAAUCAGUGUUUUAAUUCACACUAUUCAAAGCAGAAAAAGGUUUUUAAAAUAUUAUUUAUUUUUUUAAUGAGCAAAUACUUUCUCUUCCUAUAUUGCGUUUAGCUUUCUUCUAUUAAAUAAAUUCGGUGUUAUUGCAUUGGAAGUCCAUGCCAAACUAAACUAUCACAUAAUUUUGUGAAUAAUAUAACAAUCACUGCAUAUGAUAAAAUAUUUAGCUGAGCUAAAUAUAAAAAGUAGCUCAGAUGCUUAUAUCUUACAAUGAAACACCUAUUCUUUUAAAACCAAACAAAUUCACUUUUGUGGAAAUGAAAGAAUUACAAAGUUUUGUUGAUGCAAUCAUUU